AGAGAGAGUGAGAGAGGGUGAGGGGGAGGGAUGAAUCCAGAGAGAACUUUUUCUUCCGAGGCGACGGGGGCUACAUAAGGGCCUGUUUGGAUGCUGAUGCAAAUUUGAUUUGAGGAGUGGGAAAAGAUGCUGAUGCAGAUUUGAUUUGAGAGGAAAGUUGUUGCAAGUAGAACCUAUGUCAGAAAGGGAAGCAGCAAUGGAUUAUAUGGAUAUGAAAAAACCACGUAUUCUCUUGGCUGCUAGUGGAAGUGUAGCUGCUAUAAAAUUUGGAAGCCUUUGCCAUAGCUUUUCCGAAUGGGCAGAAGUCAAAGCAGUAGCCACCAGGUCUUCCUUGCACUUCAUUGAUAAAGCAUCACUUCCAAAGGAUGUAAUUCUUUACACGGAUGAAGAUGAAUGGUCCAGUUGGAAGAAAAUUGGUGACAAUGUGCUUCACAUUGAGCUUAGAAAAUGGGCUGAUAACAUGGUAAUUGCCCCGUUGUCAGCAAAUACACUUGGCAAGAUUGCUGGCGGUUUGUGUGACAACCUACUAACAUGCAUCGUGCGAGCAUGGGACUUCAACAAGCCAAUCUACGUUGCUCCUGCCAUGAACACCUUUAUGUGGGAGAAUCCCUUCACCGAACGCCAUCUCAAAGCUAUCAGUGAACUUGGUUUCACACUGAUCCCUCCCAUCACAAAGAGGUUAGCUUGUGGGGAUUAUGGGAACGGUGCCAUGGCCGAACCUUCCGUGAUCAAUAAUACCGUGAGGCUCAAGUUUUGAGUCUUGACCACUAAAUGAUGAUAGUUAACUAGCAGAUUUAGCACUGACCUCAUAGACCCCCAAUAAUUAGUGUUAUAAAAUAGCAUUUUGAGGAGUCACUUGCAACAUCAAUUGUGUUUGAUAUAUAUGUAUACUAUGCAAUAUUUCAGGAUUAGUCACUCUAAUUCAAUUAAGAGGCAUAUUGUU